AUGAGUUCUAAUGGUUCACCAGUAUGGACUCCAAAGUCUGUAGUUUUGUUUGGAACUGCUGUAGCUUGUAUUGCUACCUUCUUUGGUUUACUUCUCUACGAAAGUAGGAAGAAACGGUAUCGUUUAGUAGGUAAAGUAACUAAACUAAUUAUUUAUCCUGUCAAAUCUCUCGCCGGUGUCGAAGUUAAUCAAGCUGAAUGUACACCACUCGGGCUCGAAGUGAAUGGUAUUAGAGAUAGGAUGUGGAUGGUGAUGUCCGACAAUCAUAAAUUGUAUGUAGAUAUACAGUACGUACAUCCUCUUGUAACUUUGCAUCCUGAAUCUCCGUGUGUGACCGAGAAUGAAUUGAUUGUAAGAAAUGGUAAAGAUCCUAGUAAACCUCCACUAAAAAUCCCUAUUUUUAAAGAUAUUCCUGAGGAUGCUGACGUUAAAGAAACAAAAAUUUACAUGAAGAAUUUAGAAGGAUUAUAUACAGGAGAUGAUGUAAGUAAAUUAUUGAGGGAGUACACGGGAAGAGAUGACAUAAUCAUAAUACAAUCGAUAGAACACUUAAAAGAUGAUAAUGUUAAGCGUAAAACAUAUCAUACUUAUAAUUCUUACCAUAUGAUAACUAUGCCGUCUGUAUGUGAUCUAAACAAGAGAUUAGAGAAGAAGGCUUCUUAUAAAAACUUUAGACCGAAUAUCGUAAUAGACGGAGAUAACCUGGAACCUUUCGAAGAUGAUAAAUGGAAGUACGUGAAAAUCGGCGAUGCGGAAUUUCAAUUUGCUAGUUUUUGUGACAGGUGUCCAAUUGUUAACGUUGAUCCCGAAACUGGAGACUAUUCUCCUAAAGUCAUGGAAGCGUUAAGAAAAUACCGACUGGCGACGGGUAAACUGGGUUCUAAAUUCGGCAACGCUCCAUUAUUUGGCACACUUCACGAACUAAGAGCACCAGGAACUAUAUCUGUAGGAGAUUCUGUUUAUGCAUAUUAUGAUUAA